AUGGCUUCAAAAUUUGUGCUCCUUCUUUGUCUCGUGGCUUUAAUCACGCCACUCUGGAGUUUCCCAUUGCAAACAAGAAUUGGUAGGUCUAAAAUAAGAUUUUAAGAAACCUUUUACUGGUAUUUCAAUUCUCACUUUUAAGCCUUAAAUCAAGGCAACCACCUUUGAUUGUGGUAAGCGACGAAUAGCCAGUUGUGGUUAACUAAUUAAAUUGCAGUACGUGGUGUAUUCAAAAUAAGUCUUCCGUGGUGACUUGUGACUUUUCUUUUCUCAAAUUAGCUUAAACUUAAUAGUAAAUACUCCGCCACAAGAAAAGAAAAAGAUAUCGAGGCCACUUUAGGCCACUUAGGCAUACCUGCUUUUAGGAAUUUUCAUCUUAAACCUACGAAAAAGGUGCCUGACCUUAGAAAUUUCAAUAGUAAAACUGUCUAAAUCACACUUUCUUUAAUUUUAAGUUAAACGUGACGAGUCUUCUGUAAGCGUGGUGGACAAUGGUCCGGAUGAUAAUGGAAACGGUGAAAGUGAAAGCGUUCUUGAUGGUAAGUUACUUUAAACUAUCCUGACUUUGUCUUUUUCUCUACUAGUUUUGGCAAUCUUUCACACUCGAGUACAGUUAAUGUUAAGUGCACACGGGAGAAGCUACAAUAUCUAUCUUGGCAGUAACUUAUCCACUCUAUCCCCUCGGUAACUUUCGGGUCGCCGAAGCAUUUGAAAUCGAGACGUAGAUGUCGAGUCUACUUCGGAAAUCAAUGUAAUUUGAAUAUGAUCUUUGGACUGAUCUUCGGUCACAUUUGAAUUUGUUUUCUAAUCAACAUAGUAUACAUCUAGAUACUCUCAAAUGUUUUUCGAGAUAAUUCACAGUCCUAACCUCAACUCAAAACGUCGAAAAGACCAGACGACUUCCCAAUACUUUAAAUAGUAAUGGCACUAAAGAUACUAUUUGGGUCAACAUGAAUUAGAAGUGAUAUAUAUUUCAUUCAUUUUUAUUUUGUCAUUAACCAGAAAUACAACAACAUUAUACAGAAAUACAUUAAAGAUAAUAGACAAUAUUCCAACUAAAUUAUUUACAAGAUCAAAUGUGGUAAAGGCAGGGAAGCCUAUAUAGAAGCCGAGGGCUUAUAAACUAUCGGUUUCCUGGAACUAUAGGGUAAACCAUACAAGUUAAGGGUACUGAAUGAAAAUUUGGAUUAAUUAAAAAAAAAGAAAGAAGAGAAAAGAAGACAAAAAGGAAAAAGAAAAGGUGUGUAGCUCAACAAAGAGUCAAUUUAACUAAGAAAGAAGGAAUUUUUUUAAGUCUUUUGCUAAACAAACUGAUACUUUCACUGUUUUGAAUUUCCCGACUUAGUGAGUUGAAAAACGUAGGACCUUGAAACCGAAUUGAGAAUUUUCGAAAAUUAGUUAUUAAUGAUUGAAUGAUUUUUGUGAAAAAAAAAAUCGUUCCAGGGAGUUGUUAAUUAAAGACUUUAAGCUAAGUAAAGACGGAUUGAGUCCUAAAUACAAGUCUUUUUUUCUCUCUCAGGAGAUGAGAAUGGUGAUGAAAGCGGUGAUGAGGAUGACAGUGGCGAUGGCGAUGACGGUGACGAUAAUAGUGGUGAUGAAGAUGGAGAUGAUGAUAGCGGUGAUGAAGAUGGAGAUGAUGAUAGCGGUGAUGGUGAUGACAGCGAUGAUGAUAGCGGUGAUGAAGAUGGAGAUGAUGAUAGCGGUGAUGGUGAUGACAGCGAUGAUGAUAGUGGUGAUGAAGAUGGAGAAGAUGAAAGCGGUGAUGGUGAUGAAAGCGACGAGGAUGACAGCGGUGAUGGUGAAGAUGGUGACGAUGACAGCAGAGAUGACGAUGGUGAUGACAGCGGUGAUGACGACGACGAUGACAGCGGUGAUGAUGAUGACAACGACGAGGAUGACAGCGGUGAUGAUGAUGACAACGACGAGGAUGACAGCGGUGAUGGCGAUGACGGCGACGACGACAGCGGUGAUGAUGAUGGUGAUGACAGCGACGAUGACAGCGGUGAUGACGAAGACGAUGACAGCGGUGAUGACGGUGACGGCGACGACGACAGCGGUGAUGAUGAUGGUGAUGACAGCGACGAUGAC